AUGCAACAAUCCAACAAAGAUGAAGACGAAGUUGUAGAUAGUAGGAGGCGUAGUUUAAGUAGGUUAAGUUUUGAGGUUGAGGAGGGAGAGGAGAGUAGUAGGAGUAGUAGUUAUGAACAUUGUGCUAAGGCACACACUUUGGGCACUAAAGCGGGCGGAAAGCCCGCGGAGCAAACUAGACUGAGACCGGGUUCCACCACCCCGGAAUCGGUUCAGGGCUCUGGCCAAGGCGCUCGCGCCAAAAAGGGAGGAAAAAGGGACGGGGUCUCUGAGGGAUCGAUCCGAAGCGGCAGGGGUCGAUCGCUCGAGUCUCCCGCCCAUGUAAGCGAGGCUAGUGUGGUCAUGCUAGAGUCUGCGGAAUCUACAGACAGCGCGGAGAGCACUGCAGACGAGGAGAGAGUGGGUCCCUCUGGCAAAUAUUGGCAGAGUAGGUCCCAAAAACGUAAACGAUCUGCGGUCUUCGACUCUGGAAGCGGCUCAGGAGGAAGCCCGAGCGGUGUGCCUAACAAGAUUGGCACACCCAAAAGGGGCCGAGGCAGGCCGCCUACCACUGGCCAAUAUGUUGGCUUAGCAAAGGCCAAAGCUGAACUCGCGGCAGCCAAGGAGAAAGAAUUACGGCUCCGCUUGGAAGAAGAGGUUGCAAACCAUUCUCUGAAAGCCAGAGAGUCGUUUUCCCGGUUGGAUCAGGCCAUCUCCCAAACACUUGGGGAUGGCGAUAAUAGGCUGUCUGCUGACUUGCAGACAGUUAUAGCCAAUAACUUGGAUGUUAUCAUGGACGUGGGGAAAAAGUCCCGAAACCUAAAGGGCACCUUUGUGCGGGCGAUAAAAGAUUCCGUCGAGGCAAUUUCCACGGCUGUGAAAACUCUUAGUGUUCGGACUACAAACGAAGAGGUGGCUAAACUACAGGCUGAUAAUAAUCGCCUGCAGUCCGAGGUCGAGCGCCUGAGAAGGGAGAACGAGGCACUCAGAGCGGAACAAGCGGACCUGCGAAGGGAGUUCCAGACUCUUCGCUCCGGCUUCGAAGCAGCGAAUGGACGCCGAUCCCCCUCCCCUGUUCCCUCGGUAGGCCCUAGGCAAAUUGAUGAGGCACGUCAGGUUUCACCGCCACGGACGGUACAACCAAGCCAACCCAGCCGGGCUGGGCCGCCGGCGGAGCGGGUGAGACCAGAAUUCGCCGAGUUUGCGCGUGCUAUAAUGCUGGAGGUGGGGAACAUGGUGGAUGCCAAGCUCUCCUCAUUAGAGUCGCGUCUGCCACCCGCUCCUCCGAUGCGCCCUCCUUUAGCUGCAGAUAAAAAGAAGGCGGAGGCUGCAAAGAAGCAGAUCCAGACACCAAAAGGCGGUAUAGUGGCUCAACAACCCGGACCAAGCCACAAGAAAAAGAAGGCCAAAAGAAAAAGAGGCAAGAAACCUAGUAGGCCCGCACCAAAUGUGGCACCCAAUGUGACAGCACCAGUGGACCAAGACUCACCCUCACAACCCGUUCGGCCAAAUAGGAGCGGGGAGACUUGGACUACUGUUGUUAAGCGUGGAACCAAGAAACGGGCGACAGUGGCAGCGUCCACUAAAGCGCCUUCUAGGGAACCCCCGAAGAUUAAACUAAGACCUCCACGGUCUCAGGCCGUGGUUGUAACCUUACAGCCGGAAGCGGCGGGCAGGGGAAUGACCUACGCCAAAGUCCUAACUGAGGCGAAGUCCAAGAUCGAUCUCUCUAGCCUAGGAGUUUCAGGGAUGCGGAUUAGGAAUGCAGCCACGGGUGCCCGCAUCCUUGAAAUUCCGGGAAUUUCAAGCAAGCCCGCUGCCGACGCUUUGGCAGCAGAGAUCGAAAAAGUUAUAGGAUCUGAGACUGUAAAAGUGUCUAGGCCCACAAAGUGUGCGAGUCUACGCAUAUACGGUCUGGAUGACUCUUCAACCUCGGAAGAGGUGGUUGAGGCAAUUGCCCUUGUCGGAGGAUGCCCUAAAGAGCAAAUAAAAGUAGGAGAGUUACGUAUGGGACCUUCUACCACGGGCAGUGUGUGGGCUAGCUGUCCCGUCGCUGCUGCUCAAAAAAUCAACAAUGCUAAACACCUCAGGAUUGGUUGGACGUCAGCCUCGGUAAAACUGCAGCCACCGAAGACAAUGCGGUGCUACCGUUGCCUUGAGGCAGGACACGUUGGCGUCUGUUGCCAGUCGGAGGUGGACCGCAGUAACACUUGCUACCGCUGUGGGCAGCCUGGCCACAAGGCCAGCACCUGCAAUGCCGACCCUCACUGCUCCAUAUGCAGUGCCGCUGGUAAACCGGCCAACCACAGGGUGGGUGGUAAAGCCUGCGUUCCUCCCUCGAAGAAACAGCGGAAGAAGACCUUGGCGGCCACACAACCGCUGCCUACCAGUGCCUCGGCUAAUACUGAAGCUGCAGCGGCGGUGGAAGAAACAAUGUCCAGCUAG